UCUUAACUUUCUGCAGGGAAGAGGAGUUGAUGGUUUAAUUGUUUGUCUUAGCAUAUGCUGUAGCUACAAUUACACAAUUGUACGGCAAAUUUCCUUCAUUGAUCUAAACUGGACUAAAAUGAGCACCAAGGAACUAGAGACAUACCUAUCUGAAGUUGGAAGCUCAAAUCAGUUAGAGACAAACAAUUCAAACUAUGUCUCUCAUGUCAAGAAGCUACUAUAUCGACGAAUGCUGGUUGGUAUAAGUGAUGGAAGGUUCUUUCUAGGUACAUUUUAUUGUAUUGAUAAGCAAGGAAACAUAAUUCUUCAAGAUGCAGUCGAGUACCGUAGCACUAGAAGAUCUGCCCCUUCUCCAAUGGAACAGCGAGUUCUUGGUCUCAUUUUAAUCCCUUCCUUAUGCCGGAAAACAUGUCAUGUGGAUUGUUCUAUUGACGAACAGUUGUCCCUAAUGUCGCUUGGGGAGCAAAAGUCUUAAUUAUUCGUGGCGAUAAACUUGAUCCAAUUGGAUGAACAUCUUCCCUGUUUGAUUCAUCGUGACAAUUGAUUAUUUCAUUUUCAAGUGUGAACUUUAUUGGUGUUAUAUUAUCAUAUGUUUUUCUCUUCUAGGAAGAAGCUGAUGAGUCUGUCAUCGAUAAACUUGUCA